GUCUCUUAAUCCACUUUGAUGUACAUUUUUCUAAAACAUAGAUUUGGCCUGAGAGGCAUCUUUUAAGUUUUCUCUUCCUUUACUGUUGUCAUCUACAAAGGAGCAUCUACUUUAGUAGCAGGCAGAAUUUAGUAGCAGGCAAAAAAAAUUGCUUCCUUUCAUACACAAAUACAUGGAAGGGAACUGCCAUUACUGUGGGCUAAGCUUUAACAGAAAUGUCUUGCCACCAGCAACAACACCAACAAAAAGAGCUUCACAUAAAUCAAGAAUUACACAAUGAGAUUGCAACAAGUGUUGUUUCCUGGACACUCUGCAUUCAGAAGCCUGUACUAGCAGCUCAGCUCACCAUGUGCUCCCUCCCCUUCUUGAUGCACAUGUAAUAUGAGACUUCACAUCUCCAGGACUACUAACAACAGAGAGGGAGAGAGGACCGCAAGAGCGAGCAAGCGCAGGCAGGGAGAGCAACUGGCUGUCAGCAGCAGAGAAGUUGAGCAAGAAAGAGCUGGAGAGGGUCAAAACUGGGGGGAAGCAGCAACAUGAAAUGACAACAAAAAGAAACCACAAAGGAAGACAAAACAACCCGUCCUGCGACACUUUUGGGGGAGAAAAUAAUUUCAGAAUACCGCAGUUCCCAUCCACAGAUGGAAAGACAAGCCCUUAUUGGAAGCAGCUAAAUCUUCCUCUCUACUAAAUAAAUUGCCUCAUGUUACAAAAGGUGGGCUGAUGAAAACAAGAAUGUCUUACGAAGACUUUCAGAAUGAACUCUAUACAAUUGGUAACAAGCUAUGGCUGAAGCUCCAAAGACUACCCAAGGCUGAACCUUUGGAGAUUGUGUCAUUUCUUGUUGUUAUCCUAUUCAUUGCUACCGUCCUUUUAAUGAUGAUCAUAGCUUGCAGCUGUUGCUGUGCCCGCUGCUGCAAUGGAAGGCCCCAGCCCAAGGGGAGGAGGAUUCAAGUUCAGCCAACUGGCCAUGCGUAAGAAUGCAUUGAGAGGAAUAUGUGGACAUUCAGAGGAAAGGAUACAAAAAGACUGCUGUAAGCUGGCACAGGAAUCACCUUUACAGCAGUCCACAGAACAGAAUGAUAUAUGGGAACAUCAAGGAAAGGAAAAGAGAGAAGACAAGAGAGGUUCAAACCUUCACUGGACUAGGUUUGUACAUCAAGGCCACAUGAGACAGUGACAAAACCACCGAAUUCACAGUAUUUGUCUCUCUGCCCUAUUAAGACACUAAAAAGAACCAUGUUACCAUCAAGAUACUAUGACCAUAGUGUCUCCGCUGGCAAGGGGAUAAAACUAAACAUACACAAAACUGCCAAACACGCCAUAAGCAAACCUGGAUGGAUGAAGGGAAUUUCUACUUCUUUUUACAGGAGGAGUUCCAGAGAAACACUAAGUACCAGAACGUCCCCUGAAUUCCAAGCUACGUGCAAAUGCUUAGCAGAGUGAAUUACAAGGGGAACAUUGUUUCCUCCUGCUGUCCAACUGUCUCUACAGCCAAGAAUACCACAGCAUAUGAGGUCUGACCAAGUCAUUCAUUCAGGAGAAAGGAUGACACAGCCUUGCAGUUGAUACAUGAACCCAGAGACUGCAAAGAAAAGCAGCAACAAAUCCUCCACAUGUCCUUAACAAAGGAAGGCCAAGUGCCAAAGAGCAAGUAUAUUACUUGCAAUAAUCACUGCCUGCGCAAUGAUGAGAGUGAAAA